CAACUUUUUAUCCUGUAUAAAACAGGUAGCAAGCAUCCAAAUCAUAACUGUCCCUCAAAAAAAUGGCUGGUAAUACAGCACAAGCUACACAACAGCCAGUUAAGCAUUUUAACCUGGUAAGAUGUGUCGCCGUUUGCUUGCUAACCCUUAUUGUUCUUGUUGGUCUAGCCGUCCUCAUCACUUGGUUAGUCAUUAGGCCUAAAAGGUUGGUUUACACCCUUGAAAAUGGUUCACUCCAACAUUUCAACCUCAACAAUAACCAUAUCAAUGCCACCUUUGAUUUUGUGCUCAUGGCAUAUAAUCCCAAUACCAAAACUUCCGUUUACUAUGACUCCAUGGAGUCUGUGGUGUCGUACAAAGAUCAAACUCUCGCGUUUGAUACAAUCGAUCCUUUCCAUCAACCUCAUAGGGACACAGCUCGAGUAGAAUCCAAGCUCGUGGCUCAAAAUUUGGCACUGUCGCCAUCGACGUUUAAGGACCUCAGGGGUGAAAAAUCAUCUGGAGAGAUCGAAGUUGACGUUCAUUACAAGUCGAGGGUUCGAUUCAAGGUAGGUAUGUGGAAGUCGAAACAUCGUACUCUAAAAAUUGUGUGUCCCUCGGUGAAACUGCACUUUUCUUGGUCCAGACAUUUUGAGAAUGUACCAUGUGAAGUAGAACUCUAGUUUUGUUUUGUCUGGUUUUUUUCCCAUUUUUACAUGGCUAAUUUGUGUUCUAAUGUUGCCAUUUUGUCCUUUGUGAAAAUUGUUUUUCUUUUUAGUUGCUCACACAAAAUGCAAAAUUAAAUGUAUUAACCGGUAUACACCUCGUCAUUGUAAGAAAAAAAUUGAAUUAUUUUGCAGUAAUUCAAACCACUUGGAGGUGGUUGGACAAAAAAUGUGUUUAAAUUCUUAGUUGAUAA